GACCCAAUUCUAGGAAUUCUGGGACAAGGUAACCCUGGGCAUCAACAACAAACUCGACCCAUUCGGCAUGAAGCAAGGCAUCAACAAAACCGCCAAGCAGCUCGCGGACGCACAGAGCGCCGCCGCCAUUGCCAGCGGAAACUACACCGCCGCGUCCGCGGCGAUCGCGGCGGUAGAUGCCGAGCUUCGGCGCAUCGCGGAGCUUGCGUCGGCCGCGGACGCGCACCACGCGAGCCUCGACGGCGUCGUAGGCGCGAUGGAAGGCCUCGUCGAGCAGAACCGCGCGCUGGCGCAGGCCGCGACGGACCUGCAGACACUCCUGGAGAAGAUGCACACCGAGAGCGAGCAGCUGGACGAUCAAAACACGGCGGAGACGUUCGCGAAGGCGAUCCUCGAGAUUGGACGGCUCGCGAGCAGCUCGCAGUUCCUUGGCACUGUCAUGGGCGACAGGGCAGGCGAGUUCGAGGCGGCGGUUGCGAGAAUUCUGGGAUCGCCUGUGGAUAUUGAUGCUGCCUCCUAGAGCCGGUCAGGCUUUAUUUGUGCUAUGCGUAUUCAUCUCUGUAUUUGAUGCCCUUCAGGUGCAUAAAAUGUCCACUAUCUGAUAGUCUGACAUUAAGCAGCAUAAAGGGCGGGAUGAUUCUCGGUGGCGCAGAACAACUUGGACGCCAUGCGAACUUUUCGUGGCCGCUUGGGGAAAAACAUGGAGAAAAACGCAAGAGAAA